UUGUCCACUGAAGCCCAAGGACAGAAAAAUCAGUUAAAAACCUUUGGCGUUAUGUUUUUUUUUUUUUUUUCCCCGGGAAAAUAGUUUUUACAAAGUAAUUACGAGGAAUAUUUAUAUCUCUGUAAGAUGAUGAGUGCAAUGUGUGAAAUAUGUAUUUUGCCCCUUAAAGGAGUUUCACUGUGACUGGGGCAAUUUUAUUUAAUUUACCGCUAAGAAAUUAUUUAAUUAAUUGAUGUAAACCAAGAUGUCUAGAAAUCGACAAAUAAAUACGUAUAAUGGGUCAAAUAAAUUCGGCGUUUAGGCUAUAUCUGCUAAAAGUUGCAGCCUUGUAACCUGAGUAUGACCUUUUUUUUUUUUUUAGCACAUGAUACGCAUAUUUCUUUUGUAGUCAGUCUAAGGGCCCAAGAGUAUGGGCAUAUUUUUGUUUGCCCGUGCUCAGACCUGUCGGUUGUUCGGUAGGGUACCUAAGAAGGGGUCGCUGCUGCCGUCACAAAGCCCGACACCUGGAGGCACGCGCUUCCCUGCUUUUAAAUCAGGACAAAGUCGAGCACAUGAUUUAUAGGUUCCAUGAAAAAGAGACUUUUCUGAAAAACAAACACACCCAAGUCCGCAGAUUGCAGCGAAAAUGUCCUGUAAGAAAAGUAUUGCCCAGUUGCCGAAAGAACGACUGCUCAUUGAAGGAGGCUGUGUGGUUAAUGAUGACCAGUCAUUUUCUGCUGACAUCUACGUGGAAGAUGGAAUCAUAAAGCAGCUGGGACAGAAUUUAACUCUGCCAGCUGAUGUACGUGUAAUAGAUGCUAGAGGAAGGAUGGUGAUGCCAGGUGGGAUUGAUGUGAACACCUGUCUGAAGAAGUCCUACCUGGGGACCCUGCCUGCUGAUGACUUCUACAAUGGUAGCAGGGCAGCCCUUGCUGGGGGAACCACCAUGAUCAUUGAUCAUGUGUGUGUGCAGCAGGGUGAGUCUCUUUUGCAGGCAUUUGAGCAAUGGCAGGAUGUUGCAGACAGCAAGUGCUGUUGUGAUUACUCUCUCCAUGUGGACAUUUCAUAUUGGACUGACAGUGUCAGAGAUGAACUCCAAACGCUCAUUCAGGAGAAAGGUGUCAAUUCUUUCCAGGUUUUUAUGACACACAAGGAUACGUGUCAGUUAUCUGAUGCACAGCUCUAUGAAGUGAUGGACUAUUUGAGGGAUUUGGGUGGAAUCGUCUUGGUUCAUGCAGAAAAUGGAGAUCUUAUUGCUCAGGAACAGAGUAAAAUUCUUAGUUUGGGCAUAACUGGACCAGAGGGACAUGUGCUCAGCAGACCACAGGAGCUUGAAUCUGAGGCUGUGUUCCGAGCUGUAACCCUUGGCAACUGCACUAACUGCCCUGUGUACAUCACAAAGGUGAUGAGUAAAGGAGCUGCAGACAUUGUGGCCACAGCAAGGAAAAAAGGGUCUGUUGUGUUUGGUGAGCCAAUCACAGCCAGCAUAGCCACAGAUGGCACACACUAUUGGAGCAAAAACUGGGCCAAAGCAGCUGCGUUUGUGAUGUCACCACCACUCAAUCCCGACCCCACAACUCCUGAUCAUCUGAUUUCCAUGCUGGCCUGUGGGGACCUCCAGGUGCUUGGCAGUGCACACUGUGUUUAUUCCAUUGCUCAGAAGGCCAUUGGGAAAGAUAACUUUACUCUCAUUCCUGAGGGAGCUAAUGGCAUAGAGGAGAGAAUGUCCUUCAUCUGGGACAAAGGAGUGGCUGCUGGGAAAAUGGAUGAGAAUCAGUUUGUUGCUGUAACGAGCACAAAUGCAGCGAAGCUCUUUAACCUGUACCCCUGUAAGGGUCGAGUGGCUGUGGGCUCUGACGCAGACCUUGUUAUCUGGGAUUCAGACAAGAUCCGAACCAUCACGGCCAAGUCACAUCAUUCGGCUGGGGAGUACAAUAUUUUUGAGGGGCUGGAGGUUAGAGGGGGUCCCAGUUUUGUGCUGAGCCAGGGCCAUGUUGUUUUUGAGGAUGGCAACCUCAGUGUUCGGCCUGGAUCCGGACGCUUCAUUCCUCGCAAGCCUUUUCCUGAAUCCGCCUACCAGCGUAUCCAUAUGAGGGUGAAGGCCUCUGCCACACGUGGUGUUUCCCGUGCGAUGUACGACGGGCCUGUCUGUGAAGUUUCUCUUGCAUCCAAAUAUUUAACUCCUGCUACAUCCACUAAAACCUCACCUGCCAAGAACCAGCCUCUAGCAAUUAGAAAUCUCCACCUGUCCAACUUCAGCCUGUCAGGGCCGGAAUACCCACAAGUUUCCCAAGAAGACGAGUCUGGCCCUCGUCGGGCCUGCCAUCGCAUUGUGGCACCCCCUGGUGGCCGUUCCAAUAUCACCAGUCUGGGUUGACAGAAAAAACUCCCUCCACACAAAUGAACAAACCAUGGUGCUUACUGCCUCUGCCCAGGGAACCCUGGAGCAGAAGUGUGUUUAUUACUGCAUGUAGAUAGUUUGUUAACUGCAUGUUGAGUCUAAUAGUGCUUUGAAGUGGUUCUUGUUUCUUUACUCAGAUUUAUCAUGCAUUUUAAACUCUAAUCAUAUUCUAGUAGAGGCAAGUGUCCAGCAGGUCCCAAAAUCUUAAACACCACCACCAACUACAAUAUUUCUGUAGCUCUGUUUUUUUUUUUUUUUUCAUUACUCAUUGUUUCAAUGUUGUGCUUUUAGUAUUGUAGUAUUAUUGUAGCUAAUAACCUCCAGCAGUAUGAAAUAAAAUACAAAAGAAAGAAUUUAGCAAAAAAAUUCAUUAAAGAAUGUGCCCUC